UGAUAUGAACAAAAUAUAAAUUUGUUUGGGAUUCCUUCUAUGAAUUAAAUCCAUUCAAUGGAUUGUUCUCUAAUUUACAUAUGUUACUCUGAUAAUGUUACUGCUAAAUAUGUGCAAUAUAAAACGUUUGAUUCCUAACCUAUUGAUCUGUGCUACCUUCUGUUUGCAGAUCCCUGUCAUUGAUAUUUUCGUCCUUACAAUUCUUGUGGAGUACUUUUUUUUACUUCAGUACUUUCUCUCUUUUUGUUUUGAUUUAUUUAUUUAUUUUGCUGUUAAUUAUUUUUUACAUUUGUUUACAACUUUUUAUUUGUAUUUUCUUUUAUCCUUACUUCAUAACCCAACGGCUCUUUUAAGAGCCAUUUCCCCUUGCAAAUAUGCAUAAAACCGUGCUAUGCAAGGACGAAUGCGAGCAGUAUUUAAAAAACUGCAGUGACAAGUGCCCAUUCUGCUCAUACACUAGUAUGCCACAAAUAAUGCUUUAUCACAUAAAAAAUCACUUACAGAGGGCAGUACAACAUCAUGAUUUUACCAUUGUAAAAUGUGGUUUAAAAUGUAGAAAAAAAUCCCACUUUCACUGCUGCUAUUGUUCAGUGAUUGUGUUAACUCAGGAAAAUAUACUAAACCACAUUGCCAGACAGCAUGCCUUUUCAACCCAUCCUCAGACAUCAGCUGUGCUGCAGACCAAGCCUGGGUCAUCAUCUGUCCAGGAUUCACAACCUCAGUCAUCGUCUACCCAGCAGACACAGCCACAGGUGACCUCUGCCAUGCAGGCACAGCCUCAGUCAUCUGCCCAGCAGACACAGCCCCAGGUGACAUCCGUCAGGCAGGCACAGCCUCAGUCAUCUGCCCAGCAGACACAGCCCCAGAUGACAUCCGUCAGGCAGGCACAGCCUCAGUCAUCUGCCCAGCAGACACAGCCCCAGAUGACAUCCGUCAGGCAGGCACAGCCUCAGUCAUCUGCCCAGCAGACACAGCCCCAGAUGACAUCCGUCAGGCAGGCACAGCCUCAGUCAUCUGCCCAGCAGACACAGCCCCAGAUGACAUCCGUCAGGCAGGCACAGCCUCAGUCAUCUGCCCAGCAGACACAGCCCCAGAUGACAUCCGUCAGGCAGGCACAGCCUCAGUCAUCUGCCCAGCAGACACAGCCCCAGAUGACAUCCGUCAGGCAGGCACAGCCUCAGUCAUCUGCCCAGCAGACACAGCCCCAGGUGACAUCCGUCAAGCAGAAACAGGCUCAGUCACCUUCUGUCCACCCUUUGCAGUCACUCCCAAAAUUGUCAGCAAAGAAGACUGCCACUUGCAGCCAAUGUAAUGUAACACUUCUGGCCAAAAAUCUACGAACUCACAUUCAAAGACAACAUACUGACAGAGUAAAUGCAAUGACUCCUGAGAAGCACUUGAGAUCUCAGUGCAUCGAUGGAAAAAUUGGCAUUUUUGCUGUUGAAAAGGCAUUUCAUGGUCAAGCAAUACCCAUACAUGUAAUAAAAAAUACAUGGGGCCCAAACUUUCGUUCAGCAUGUGAACUUGACCAGUGCAUUUCAAAUGCUGAAUACGCACACAUAACUGGGAUCUUACCAUUUGAGUGCUGCCAUGUACAGUCAUUGUGUUUUUGUAAACAAAUUGAAGAAUCCAAUUUUGCACUGACAGAAAACAGUCUCUCUCAGCUGGUGCAGGAAAAGUGGUUUGGUGAAGCAAGGAAAAUCCAACUGUUAAAGUUGCAGCGGGAAGCAAAUGUUGCGGAGACACCUUUGUCUUUCCAUGUCACAGUUGGAAGUUCAUCAACAAAAUGUUUCAUUUCUGUGUUUGAACCAACAGUGUCCUAUUACAGUAGAAUGGGAAGGGUCAUGGUGACUUAUGAUAAAAAGAAAAAUAACUGGCAUUGUCCUUGUGCCAAGCCUCGUCAAUCCUGUAUUCACAAAGCCACAGCAAAGUGGCAUCUUUUCCAGACAAUACCACAGCUCUUCAAAAGACUUAAGUGUUCAGAAGUUUCCAACACUGUUCAUGAAGAUGAUGAUGCCUGCUGUCAUGAUUCAUAUCCCCCUAACUCUGCUACAGUCAAAAAAAUGAUGGAAGACAUGCUUGAACAUAAGAAAAUUCCAGUGAAACUCCAACAAGACAUCCUGCAAAAAUCAAAGCAUGCUUUUCCAAAACAUCUUGUGCCUGAGGAGGUUGAAUGCAGACUAUGCAAGGGAGUUUUGAGUGACCCUGUUUUGAUAACUUGUCGGGCAAAGAUAGUCUCAUUCAAUGGACUGAUUCAGGGUGUGUCAACCUACUACAAGUUGUGCCAUAAAUGCAAUCACAUAUACAGAUACCAAGAAUGGCAAGAUGGUUUGCACAACUUCAAUGAUCAUGUAAUCCUCACCCUACACUUAUGUUUGGUUUUGAGAAAUUCUCUACAGAAUCACACAGCUGUUGGUAGGGUUGUGCGAAUAAUUGAAGCCACAGAGGGAGAGUCCUUGCCUAAAGGUGACCUAAUCAUGCAGGCGUAUCUGCACUUUGAAGCUUUGUGUGAUUUGGACUACAUGUACUCCUGUGUGUCCUGUGGAUACAGUCCAAGUACUGUGAUUAUGGACCUUCAUAAAAAAGGAGUGUUUAGCAUCCCAGUGAGUGAAAUUCCAUCUCCACCUCUGGAUUAUGAUGGUCAUGUUGACAUAGAGCAAUUUUGGAAUGCAGUGGCAAUGGAUGUGAUAAGCAGAGGGUUUUACCCAAGUGGCAAAGAAAACCCAUUUAAAAUUUCACCGAGUUACCACUACUGGUCCCCGUGGAUAGGUCCAAAAACAAGGGGAUCAACCAUGGUUUUAAACACCGAGAAUGCAAAAGUGCAUUCUCUAGAUGGAGGGAUUGACAUGGAUGUGCCCCUUACUGAGGAAAGACUUGGAGAUGAGCUUCUCCACCUCAAGAUUGCAGAUUUGAAAAAGCUGUGUCGACAGUGUGGGGUUGAUAAUGUUGGUUCCAAAAUGGAUCUCGUCCUCAGACUUCGUGAUAAAAUGUCGAAUAGAGUGACAUACAACAAGGUGUUUGAAAAGAUUUGGGGUGCUUCAGGUGGUGUGGGUGUAAUCAUGUGUCCAUGUGGGAUUGUUUACUCAAUCAAAUUUAACCUCAGAGCUGAGAGUCCACGUGAUUUCACAGACCUUCUGUUGUCAUGGAAAAAUAUUCCUAAUGUCACAAUCUAUGAUUACCCUCGAGGCUUAGUUGCACACACAAAUAAAAGGCAACAAGAAUGUCCACCUUUCCACCCAUUUGAGGGCAGAGUGCAAGACCCCACCACUGAAAACAUUAAACAAGCAAAAGAAGGAAAACUAAAAGUUCACCUUCCUUGGCUGGCACACAAAAAAAACCCUGCAGAUCCUGACUGCCACCCUGUGACCGGUUCCUCCGACCACUACUGUUUGUGUGACGUUUUCCAUCAAAGCAAUAGUAGGGACGAAAGAGAUGUGCUCCGCACUAUUGGUCUUGUGCCAGAGCUGGCUGGAAAAGUUAAUAGCCAGCGUGCAGAGCAGCUUUUUUCAGAAGUAAAGAAAAACAACUACUUUAUGAAUAUGUUAAGACCAGCAGCACAUAUUUUUCUGGCACGAAAUAUUCUCCACCACCGGAAUCUUGCACAUAACCAAAAGAAAAUGGAACAUUUUAAUAAAUUGUUCCAUGGCAACCGUACUUUGGAAUCUAAUUUUAUUGCCCACAGAUUCACGGACAAGCACGUGUUUUCUGACUUGGAGAUUGUACCUGAUCAUGAGCCAGUGUUCAAACAGGCACCAAAGGAUUUUGGCACACCUCCACCCUCGGUUAAGACUGAUAAGAGAUCCUUAGUGAACCAACACAACAACUUGCCUGUUCAAACUUCCAUUGGGAGUAUUUUCACUCUGGAAUGUGUGCAGCCAAACAAGGCAUGCUGGACACAGCCACUCAGUCCAGUCCAGCUGGAGAAGUUAAACCAUGCCUUACUGGAGAGAGGGCCAAAAGAUGAAUUCCUAGCAUCUGUUGGAGGAACAGUCCUCACAAGGUUGGAUUUCCAAACAUUGGGACUACUUCAAGAUGUAGAGGCGACAAUUUUGAAUGCUUGCCUUUCUGUAAUAAAGGAUGUUGCUGGCCUUCAGGGUAUAACAGUCCAUGUGUUCAGUCCAUAUGUGACAGUGACUUGGUUGCCUCCAAUGUGUGGUGACCCACUGUCUAAUGUUCCUGAAAACCUGGCAAGUCAUGACAUCAUUUUACUACCUUCUUGGACGAGCAAUCACUGGAUGAUCUGUAAAACUAGCACAGCAUGUAUGUUCAGACACAUGGGAUGAGUACAGUGCUGAUGAAAUUCCAGGCAUUCCCAAACAACACUGCUCAAAUAACUGUGGAGUGUUUGUGUUGAUGUCUGACAUGCAAGUGCUAAGACACUGGUGGUGCAUAGUUUUGCUG